AUCUGCGAUUUCACAACCGAGCCCACUCUCUCCAUUUAUCUCUCUAUCUCCCUCUCUCUCUCUCUCUCCGAAAAACUAAUUUUACAGAGAGAGAGUGAGACCCCAGUGUGAGAAAAUGGGAGGGUGUUCAUCCAAGUCAAUGCUAAAGAAUGUGGAGGAGGAGGUCGACGACGUCGCUCCUCUUCCAAUGCCGGAGAAUCAAGUGGCUUUGACCAACGUGGAAGAGGCUGUUGCCCCGGCCGAAAAGGUCGAAGAGGAGACAUGCGAGGUCGAGUAUGAGCCCAAUGUCGAACUAGAACUCGAGCAAAUGAAACAAGAAGACACACUCGAGGCCGAGAAGGAAAUUGCUACCGAGAGCCUAAUAACCGAAACCACGAGUGACGAAAAUGUAACGGAGCAAUCACCUUCUAAAGAGAAUAAAACAGAAGAAGAAGAAGAAGAAGAAGUCGUCCAAGAACUCGUCAAGACACCCGAACCAUCCGCUUCCGACGAGAAAGAAGCAGAAGCAGAAGCAGAAGCAGAAGCAGAAGCCUCGCCCGAAACUCCAGAGAAGAUCGAGCCAGAAGCCGAAGCUUGUGUUGAAGAGGAUGAAGGCGUAGUCAGCCCAGUAGAGGCCGAAAAACAAAUCGAAAUCGAAGUCUCUGAGAAAGAAACUGAGACACCACAAGUAGCUGAAACGGCUGAGGAAAGUAAUGAAACGACAACUCAGGAGGAGGCAGUAGAGGAGGUGAAGAAGGUGGAGGAGGAGCAACCUGCUCCUCCGAGGCCGAGGUUUAGGCUGUGGUUCUAGAGCUCGACCAUCGUUCCAUUUUCCUCUCUGCCAUUCAAAUCAUAUCCUCUCACCUCUAAUUUUUUUUUCCAGUGUUUUAUUACCAUGUUUUUGAAGAUUCCUAGCUGAAAAUUGCUUCUUCUAGAAUAAAAUUUCUGUUGCGCCAA